GUGAGGGGCGCGCGCGGGUCCAGCCUCGUGAGCAUGGCAACCGAGACGGAGCCGGGGGAGCCCGGGAAGGGGAAGAUCAUGUCAAAAUGAACACCUCUUCCUUUCAGAACAGAGGGGGACUUGAGAAUCCUAUUUAGGCCAACAACAGGAGAGGGGACUGUUUCAUGUGCCUCUGGGUACCUGGAUGACGCAUUCUAAAAAUGAGUCACUCUAGGUCCUUUAAGCUGCUUGGGAUCCUUGAUGUCCAGAACACCCCUUGUGCCCGCGAAUCCAUUCUCUAUGGAGCGCUGGGGGCUGUGGUAGCCAGCAUGGGACACUUCUUGUUUACCAGUCGAAUUCGAAGAUCUUGUGACGUCGGCAUUGGAGGGUUUAUUGUGGUGACGUUGGGGUGUUGGUUCCACUGUAGGUACAAUUAUGCCAAAAUGAAAAUCCAGGAAAGAAUUGCUCUAAAAGGCAUGAAAAACAAGGUUCUGUAUGAAAGCACACAUCUGGAUCCAGAACGAAAAAAAGCCAGCAGUGACGGAGACAGUUCAUAGUCCAAACAGGAUUUGCAGGAGCCCGACAAGACUAGAAGGACCCUGCUGCCCUGGAGGCCACCCCCCUGCCCUCAACCCACCUAAAUCUUCCCCGCCACUGGAUGGGGCUCUGAGCCCCCCACAGACACCUUCCCUGGGACGAAGACACGGAGUGACCAGCCUUGUGUUUUCUAAGCGGUCACACCGUCUUCGCUGGUGCUCGGGGCCGCCACGUGGACGGCUAGCAUCGCUUCCUGCUGCGGCCGAGCCAGAUCUGGGACGAGUCAGAGUGGCGCAAAAUAAACGAUGCUGUCGUGCCCAGCACCUUUGGAAACGAU